AUGCCCUUGCUGGUUCCCCCUAAGGACUUAGCUGCGCUACUGUGCAACAAAUCCAAUGCCUUUUACAGCUUUGGGAACUGGAAUGAAGCUGCCAAGGAGUAUCUCCAGCGGGGUUCAACCCACGUGAAGAUAGUGGUGAAUUAUGAUGUUGCAAGAGAAAGGGAAGAGCUUUUAGGCUGCUGGGACCUGCAGACCCUGGAAUUAAAUGAGUGGAGGGAUUUAAAGGCAGAUAAGGAAAUUCCUCCUGAUCUGAUUUGUGACAUUAAUUAUGACUGUGCCAACGCCUUCAUCAAGUUCUUACUAGAAAGACAGAAGUGGCCAGAAGUGCUUCUUCUGCUGACCCGCAAAGUGAGUGGGGAGCCCCCCUUUGGAAACUGUGUCCUCAGAGACUGCUGCUUCUCAGACCUCGACCUCUGCUCUGUCAUUCCACAACUCAGCACCUGGGACCAGCGAAGGACCUUUCUCCUGGGCUGCCUGAUUGAUGGAGGAGCCUUACUCGAGGGUCUCCAAGAAAGGCCUCUCUCCGUGUGCCUCCAACAUGAGGACUUUGAGUUGGCUUUUGUUCUGCUGAGCAGGGGUGCAGAUCCACGCUGUAUCUCUCUCAUGGAAGGUGACACACCUCUGCAUGCAGCACUUCACAUUUUUUUAGACAUCCAAGUUAACAUCGGCUUUAACUUCCUCAGCCACCUAUUGAAUCUAUUCUGGUACAACCCCAUUGAAUUUUACUACCUUAAUCCCAAUGUCCAAGAUAGCAGUGGGAACACUCUGAUGCACAUCCUCUUCCAGAAGGGGAAGACAAAGCACACUAAGAAGCUGAUAGAGUUACUAGCAAGGUUUGACAUUAACUUCAACCUGACAAACAAAGAAGGCAAAGAUGCACGCCACCGGAUCAAGAAGAACGAUUCUUUGCUCUUGACUUGGAACAAAGCAGUGAUGGAGAACAGGCGGAAGGUCCAGCAGGACCCUGUUGCUCAGCCCCCGGGAAGGUUCUUGAGAGCUACCACCCCUGGACACAUAUCACAAUUCAAAUCCCAGGACAUAUUCAAGUCACUUCCCUGCAUGGCCACAUCCCAGCCUAAAAAGGCUGAAGUCCCAGUCAGCUUGGAGAGCCUGCCUGAAGCCCAGGAGGCUGGAGACACUGGCUCCUGCUCUGUGAAAGAUCGCCUUGUGCAGGACAUCACAGUUUUGAUUCAACAGGUUGAACGGGAAAUGUCCCUGCCAGAGGACUGUUUUCAAACUUCCAAGUGUCUCAAGGCAGAUGCGGGCACAGAAGUAAAGAGAAACAAGCUCCAGAAAACCCUGGUGUCUGAGGACUCAAACAGUAGUGAGGAUGACCCCACUGUUCUCAAGACAGUGGGAGGCUUUGGCCAGAUAUGUUCUGGAGUCUCUCAGCUCCUUCCUGCUUAUCUCCCAGGGAGGGAAGGCAAUGAGGACCAGGACAACUGGAGUGCACAAGACAUUGAGUCCUGUCUCCAGGACUUCGAAAACAUGACAUGGGAGAUUGAGUGCACCUCUGAAAUGCUCAAAAAGCUGUCCAGCAAGGUCAUGACAAAGGUUAUCAAGAAGAAGAUCAUCCUGAUUAUACAGCAGCUGGGGAAUGGUGAGUGGACUCAGAGCCUGCACAAGCGGCUAAAACACCUCAAGGGAAGCAUCCAGCUCUUUGAGGCUAAGCUAGACAAAGGAGCUCGGAUGCUGUGGGAGCUGGCCAUCGACUUCUCUCCACGUUGCAGUGAGAACCCAGAGAAGAUCUUUGCCACAGAACGAAGUAUUCCAUCUAUGGAAAAGUCAGGACGGGUCUACACAGAAAUCAUUCGGAUCUGGGACAUUGUGCUGGAUCACUGCAAAUUGUCAGACUCCAUUAGGGCCAUCUGCAAUGCCUAUGACCGGGGCUUUUCUUGUAUCCUGCGAAAGAAGCUGAAGGGCAUCAACAAAGGCCAGGUGUCGGCCAAUAAGAAAAUCCAGAAACGGAUCCCUCGCUGCUAUGUGGAGGACAUGGAGGCAGAGAGGAGAAUAGAGCACAUGGAUUCUGAAUACUUCCCUCCAGCCAGUUCAGUGGAGACAGAAUAUAACAUCAUGAAGUUCCACAGCUUCAGCACCAACAUGGCAUUCAACAUCCUCAACGACAUGAAGGCCACAGUGGAGUAUCCCUUCCGUGUGGGUGAGCUGGAGUAUGCUGUCAUCGACCUCAACCCCAGGCCACUGGAGCCCAUCAUCCUCAUUGGCCGAAGUGGCACUGGGAAGACAACAUGCUGCCUCUAUAGACUGUGGAAGAAAUUCCAUGUAUACUGGGAGAAAGCUGAGCAGGCAGGAAGUCCACUGCUGACCAAACCAAUCUUGUCAAAGAGAAAGUCAGAAGUGGAAGCCAGAAGGGAAGGUACAGAGGAAGAGGAAGAGGAUGAAGAAGAGGAAGGCUCCAUUGAAGUGGAAAUAUCAGACAGCAUAGAUGAAGAACAGGAGAGUGAAGCCAGGGCAGAGGAGAGUAGAGGGGAGCAGACAGGGCACAGCCAAGAGGCGGAAGUAUGUGCUGACCAGCUACCCCAACAGCUGGAGCAUUUGCAUCAAAUCUUUGUGACUAAGAAUCAUGUCUUGUGCCAGGAGGUGCAGAGGAAUUUCAUUGAACUUUGCAAAUCUACCAAGGCCACUAGUCACUAUAAACCCUUAGAACCCAACACCUACAAACUCCAGGAUCUACGGGAUGAGAACUUUCCUCUGUUUGUCACCUCAAAGCAGCUGCUGCUCCUCCUGGAUGCUUCGCUGCCCAAUCCUUUCUUCCUGAGGAAUGAAGAUGGAAGCCUGAAAAGAACUAUUGUUGGGUGGUCCACCCAGGAUGAACUGAUCAUUCCCAGUUGGCAGGAGGAUGAAGAAGAGGUUGAGAUGGAUGGGGACUGUGGGGAAGAGGACAAAGCCACAGAAGCACGUGCCAGUGACAGUGACCCCCGGGUGUAUGUGACAUUUGAGGUGUUUACCAAUGAAAUAUGGCCCAAAAUGAUCAGAGGAAAAACCUCCUAUAACCCCGCACUCAUCUGGAAAGAAAUAAAAUCUUUUCUGAAGGGGUCUUAUGAAGCCCUCAGUUCUCCCAAAGGAAGUCUCACAGAGGAAGCAUAUAAGAAAUUAGGACGGAAACGGUCCCCCAAUUUUAAAGAAGACCGGAGCAAGAUCUAUAGUCUCUUCUGCCUCUAUCAACAGAUACGAUCUCAGAAAGGCUAUUUUGAUGAAGAAGAUGUUCUGUACAAUCUGUCCUGGAGGCUGUCCAAGCUCAAGGUGCUCCCGUGGUCCAUCCAUGAGCUGUAUGGUGAUGAGAUUCAGGACUUCACCCAGGCUGAGCUGGCACUGCUGAUGAAAUGUAUCAAUGACCCAAAUGCCAUGUUCCUUACUGGGGACACAGCUCAGAGCAUCAUGCAGGGUGUGGCCUUCCGCUUCAGCGACUUGCGCUCUCUGUUCCACUAUGCCAGCAGGAACACCACUGACAAGCAGUGUGCUGUCCGGAAGCCCAAGAAGAUCCACCAGCUAUACCAGAAUUACAGGUCUCACUCAGGAAUCCUAAAUCUGGCCUCUGGAGUGGUGGACUUGCUUCAGUUCUACUUCCCGGAGUCUUUUGAUCGCCUUCCUAGGGAUUCUGGCCUCUUUGAUGGUCCCAGACCCACAGUGCUGGAGUCUUGUAGUGUAAGUGACUUAGCAAUUUUACUCCGAGGGAACAAGAGGAAAACGCAGCCCAUUGAAUUUGGAGCCCAUCAGGUAAUCCUUGUAGCUAAUGAAACUGCAAAGGAGAAAAUUCCAGAAGAGCUUGGAUUGGCACUUGUGCUAACAGUUUAUGAAGCAAAAGGCUUAGAAUUUGAUGAUGUCCUCCUUUACAACUUUUUCACUGAUUCUGAGGCUUACAAAGAAUGGAAGAUUAUUUCUUCAUUUACACCAUCAUCAGAUUUUCAAGAAAACCAGCCACUGAUUGAAGUGUCCCUGGAAAAGCCCAGCUCCUCCCAGGGCCGAACUCUUGCAGUGAAUCCAGAAAUGUACAAGCUCCUUAAUGGAGAACUGAAACAGCUGUACACAGCCAUCACGAGGGCUCGGGUCAACCUCUGGAUCUUUGAUGAAAACCUGGAAAAACGAGCUCCUGCUUUCAGGUAUUUUACUAGAAGAAAUUUUGUCCAAGUCGUGAAGACAGAUGAAAAUAAAGACUUUGAUGAUAGCAUGUUUGUUAAGAUCUCAACUCCUGAAGAGUGGAUUGCUCAAGGUGAAUAUUAUGCUAAACACCAGUGCUGGAAGGUCGCAGCCAAAUGUUACCAGAAAGGUGGUGCUUUUGAGAAGGAAAAACUUGCACUGGCCCACAACACUGCUCUGAACAUGAAGUCCAAGAAAGUCAGCCCCAAGGAAAAGCAGAUGGAGUAUCUGGAACUGGGGAGAACAUAUCUCGAGUGCCAUGAACCCAUGCUGUCUCUGAAGUGUCUGAGCUACGCCAAGGAGUUCCAACUCUCAGCCAAACUAUGUGAGAGGCUGGGGAAGAUAAGAGAUGCCGCCUACUUCUAUAAGCGAGGCCACUGCUACAAAGACGCUUUCAGAUGCUUUGAGCAGAUUCAGGAAUUUGAUCUAGCACUCAACAUGUACUGCCAAGAAGAGCUUUUUGAAGAAGCUGCUAUUGCAGUAGAAAAGUAUGAAAAAAUGCUAAGGGCUAAGACCCUCCCCAUAUCUAAGCUCUCCUAUUCUGCUAGUCAGUUUUACUUGGAAGCAGCAGCCAAGUAUCUCAGUGCAAAUAGGAUCAAGGAGAUGAUGGCUGUGCUCUCAAAGCUUGACAUAGAGGAUCAACUGGUGUUUCUGAACUCUCGGAAAAGGCUAGUAGAAGCAGCAGACCUGCUGAAAAGGGAAGGUCGGAGAGAAGAGGCCGCUUUGUUGAUGAAGCAGCAUGGCCACCUCUUGGAGGCAGCCAGGCUCACUGCCAACAAGGACUUUCAAGCCUCCUGUCUGCUGGAGGCUGCUCGCCUCAAUGUCGCCAGGAAUUUGGAUGUAGAACAUACCAAAGCCAUUUUGAGAGAAGCUCUUGACCUCUGCUACCAAACUAAUCAGCUGUCUGGUAUUGCUGAGGCUCAAUUUCUGCAGGGAGUCAUCCUGAGAGACUUUCAGAAGCUCAAGGAUGCAUUCUACAAGUUUGACACUUUAAACCACUCUGCUGGCGUAGUAGAAGUACUCUAUGAAGCUGCCAGCCAGUGUGAGGCUGAGCCUGAGAAGGUGCUGGCACUGGCUCCCUCGGGCCUGACUGUCCUUCUCAGCCUUGUCCGGGCCCUGAAAAGAGUCAGUAACAAUGCUGAGAAAGAAAUGGUCAAGUCUUGCUUUGAGUUUUUUGGGUUUUCUCAGGUAGAUACCAAGUAUUGGCAGAUAGCUCAGAAUGACCCUAGGCCUAUAUUAAGAGUCAUUUUUGACCUGGAUCUGAACUUGAAAGAGAAGAAAACCAAAGACCAUUUCUUGAUAAUGACUGACCAUGUGAAAUUAGCCCUUAACAAACACCUUUAUAGUAGGCUGUGUCAAAUUACACAGAGCCUGCUUGGGAAAGCCUACCCUGGGGUCUGCUUGAAGUUCAUUGUGGGUUUAAAAUGUGAGGAUGAAAACUGUGAAGAUUUCCAUAGGCCUUUAAGGCGCUGUGAGGCCAAGUGUUUGGUUCAGUCAAAAAUGCACCUGGUGGCCAUCAAUGGAUUGCUUUUGGAGGCCAAAAAAUUAUUCCCUAAAGUCUUAGUUGAGGAACUUGAAGAAAUUGACUAUAUUUUAUCUACUGACACAUACGGCCUUUGCAAAUCCUUCCUGAAUGUCCUCUUCCCUAAGCAUUUCCAUCAGAGAGUGUUGUCAGAAAACCCCAUGGCCUGCAAAGAAAUCCUCAAGCCAAAUUACAAAUCCUUCCGAUUCUGUCGGCUUGCCCUGAAAGAGUACAUCCAUUUCCUGUUCCAAAAUGAAACGGCCCGGAGCCGCCGUGAGUCCACAGACCUAUGGCUGACCACCAUGCAGACUUUCCUGUUGUCCUCCAACUAUCCAGAGGAAUUUGAAAAGCUGCUCCACAAGGAGGAGGACAACUAUAACCGGGAGCUCAAAGCCCUGGAGUCUGAAAAAGAGGACAGGGGCCGGGGUAGGGGCUGCAGGAUGAAAGGCAUUGAGGGGAAGUUCGGUAUGCUGAUACCCAACAAGGAGGAAGAGACUGCCGAGAAGACCCACCUGUGCUUCAUCCGGCUGCUGGAGAACUGCAUAGACCAGUUCUAUGUGCACAGGGACCCCGAAAACUUCAAGAGGCUCUUUUAUCGCUUCAUGAAUGUGCUCAUCAGAAGAUGCAAAGAACCUCUCAUCCCCAGCAUCGGAAACACGGUGGCCUUGCUUGAGUUUCAGUUCAUCAACUGCGGAGCAAUUCUGGUCCGCCUUUGGAAGAAAGCCAUACUUUGCCUCCCCAAGAGCUACCUUGCGCUCUUGCACUACUGGGAGUUCCUUUUCAGCAAGAAGGACAAAGAGUUCGGGGAUGUGUUCUCCAUCAUUCAGGAUUAUAAGCCCAAGGACGUGACCAAAGCCAUCCAGGAUUUCCGCUUCCACCUCUCCUACCUUGUGAAGGUGCUCUGUGGCUAUGAGAACAUGAACUUCAAUGUCCUGCUUGAUGCCUUCAGUGGAAUAGGUUAUGUGAUCUCGGGCGAGGCUGAGCGGACAUUGGUGCUGAGUUUGGUGAUGCUGGUGAAUGCCGAGGUGAUGCAGCCAGCCUGCAAGUCUUUUCUGUACCACCACUACCAGGAGAUCGACACGAGGCUGCACUUGAUGAGCCUGGACUGGCCAGACCAAGUGCCAGAGAGACUCCGGAAGGUGGUGAAGCGGGUCUUGAUGGCCACCAAUGCCAAACUGGUGGCGGAGGCACUGCAGGACCUGCUCUUUGAGCGGGAUGAAGAGUACCUGAUGGACUGUCGAUGGCAGUGGGACAGUGUCCAUACCAAAGGCUCCAUGGUCCGAGGCCUCUACCACGAGGAGGUCAGGCUGAACCGCCUGCUCUGUGUGGGCCCCGUGGACUACUUUCCAGAGUCAGAGUGUGAGUUUGGUCAGGAAGAGACAGAUGAGCGAGCAUUAGAGGACCGAGACCAUCUCCUGGCCACCAUCCUCUCCGAGAUGCAGCGGAAGGCUUCUGUAAAGAGGAAGCUGAGAAGGGUGUGUCUGGUGGUCUCCCUGUGCAUCAGGUGGAGGAGAAGGGUGAGCGCCCCAGCUGAGCACUUCCUGCAAGAGGCGAGGGAGCCCUCAGCCAGGCACUUCAAGAAGGCCGAUGUGGACAGGACACAGUGUGAUCUGUGCGGGGUCAAGUUUGCUCGUGGCCCCGAAGGCUACUUCAGCACUGGGCAAGCCCUCGAGGGUGCCAUUGCCAAGGACAUGGCCCUUUCUAAGGGCCACCUAGAAGGCAAGGAAGGCCGGGAGAGAAAUAGUGAGUCUUAUGAGCAGCACCUCCACCUUGAUGGUCACCAGAGGCAGCAAGUAGCAUACCAGAAGUACUUUGACUUUUUCUGUGACAAGGUGGACCCAGCCAUCGAGGAAGGCAGGCUGGUGGUCCAGGACAUCGAACAGAGCAUCUGGAUCCACAGCCACCUGGGAUCCAAAGAGCACAGCCACAUACUGCAGCAGAAGGUCCAGGAGAAUAUUCAGAAGGUCUCAGAUAUGGUGGAGGAUCUCUACAAGCGCAAGGCCUGGGCUGGAGCGGAAGAGGGUAUGACUCGGCUGAUCAAUAGUUUGAUUACAUCCGUCAGGGAUGCACGGGAGUGGCUGAUGAAGACUGAACUCCACUUAAAGGAGGAAGGGAUCGUUCAGGAAGAUGAUUAUGAAGAUGAAAUUGAAGACUUUGGUGAGCUUCGUCCUAGAAGACGUUGGCGGAAAUUUGCAAAACAGAGAAGAUACUAAGGGCCAUAAAAGCUGUUGAGUGACCAGGCAGAGGAGAAAAGAAUGUAAAUUGAAGUCUGAAGUCGGGGUGUCUACGAACCCCUUUGCUUUUUCUUCUUAUUUUUAUUAUUAUUUUUCGUCUUUUAUUGGUGGCUUCAGCUCUCUUUCAGUUUCCUCACCAACUGGCCUCUGAAGUGUUUUCUAAGUUCAAGUCUAACAGUGCCACUUUCCCCUAAAGCACAUUCAGUUUGACGGUAGCUGAAGGCAACCCUGAGACUUCUUUCCCCAACUCCCUCAGGUUCUCUGGCUUUCAGCCACAUGGCAUUUGUCAGUGGCAGGAACCCUAUCAGAGUUAUCACUACCCUAGGCCAGGACAUCCCAAUAUGGUUUUUCUCUUCUUCCACACUGCUACAGUAUUAGUAGAACAUGAGCUGUGCAUGCC